AUGCAUCGACUACCGACAAUACUUGUUCUAUUUCUCAUACUUGUAAUAUAUCUAUUUGGUUAUACUGAAAGCGCUUCUUGUGGUGCAUACAAUCCAACAUUCUACACUUGUUGUAACGGAGUGCUUACUUUCGGAUCCGGCAAGUCCUGCUGUGGUACAACAGCCUAUGAUCCAACAUUUUACACUUGCUGCAGCGGUCUUCUGACUUUCGGACGCGGAAAGUCCUGCUGUGGUACAACAGCCUAUGAUCCGACAUUCUACACCUGCUGUAAUGGUGCUCUAACAUUUGGACGAGGUUUAGCCUGUGGAAAAUAA